UAUUUAUUUAUUCCCAUAAUUUCCCACUUUAAUCUCAAUUCUCCACCACCUACACACAUGGACGAGCUCGAGCGGCAUCAUCCACUUCUAUCCCCCUCCACCACCACCGCCGCAGCCUCCCCGCCGCUCGACGAUGACGACAGCAACGACAACAUCAAGCUCAUCUCCUCAAAUUCCGCCAUCUUUUCCCGCCUUUUUCUGGUGGCGAUCAUCGCCGCCGUCUCCGUUUGGGCGAACCGCGAAGCGUCCAAAGGCUUCGCCAUAACCGUAGCCAGCGAGUCCGCCGACGCAUUCCUCGCGAACAGAUUCAAGCUCUUCUACGUGUCCAACGACGGAGCCGCGCGCGAGGCGAUCAAGGCGAGUGAUGCCAUCGAGAAGCUCCUCUUCCCCGAUUCCGACGUCGCCAAAAAGCCGAUCAAGAGCAUCGAGAUCAGAUUAGUCGAUCGGAACCUCACCGAUAACGUCGCCGCGGCAGAAAUGGACGGCGAUCGGGAUCGAUUCGCAAUCAGCGUGAGCUCUUCGGUCAUGAGAGGCGCGGAUUUCGAUCGCGAAAUGGCUCUGGCGAUCAGGCGCGGCGUGGCGCGUGUUUGGCUGUGGGACGGUGGAUUCCACGCGCCGAGGGGUGUGGUGAGCGGCAUUGUUGAAUAUUUGGUCGAUCGCUUGGGUGAUUCGGCGGAGGCGUUCGAAUCCGCCGCCGGCGCCGUGUGUUUGGACUCUGGAAAUCCUAGAUCGGUGGCGGAAUUGUUGCGGCGCCGACCUGGAUCCGUCGGAAGGUUGAACCGAGCUAUGAAGGAAGGGCGGAGCGAUGAGAAAUUGGGCGGCGCGUUGGGUUUGCCGGUUGAGAAACUGUGUGCCACUUCCGAUUACGAGUCGUUAAGUGCGACAGGGAAAAAGAGUGAGAAAUGAUCGGAGGGUGAAGAUGAUAUCGGACGGCUGAGAGUUUAUAUUGGGGUCUAAUAUUAUGGUUUAUUACUCUAUUUAUUAUGGCAAGGACAAGGAGACGAGUUUCAGGCCAUUCUAUUUCAUUAUUAUUAUUAUUUGUGUUAAUUGUUUUACUCGUAACAUAUUGGCUGUUUAAAUUAGAAGUAGUAGUUGAAUUGUAUAGAGAUAUCGACUUACACGUAAUUGAAUGUGUGACAUCAGUAUGAUAUUUUUUUUGUCGAAAUUGUCAGCAUGAGGAUAAAAGUUCUGACAAUCAUUUUUAAAUAAUGCAUAA